AUGCAAUGGCGGCAGUACGUAAUUAACCCAGCUGAGCUUAAUCACAUUUCAAGCCGGCCUGCACGUGUUAGGCAAAACAUCUAUAAAGUCAAAACCGUGAGGGAGAAGAAUAAGAUCUAUACUCCUUCUCCUAAUGUUGGUUGUUGGCAAUGUUGGUUGUUGGCUUGUGAAGUGUCCAUAAUAUGCCUGCCGUCACCGGCCUACCUGUGCACUUCACCUUCUAAAGUUUCUCUACACGUGAUCAAGGUCUCGUUAGCAUUUUAUGAGGGAGUGUGGUCCCAAAGUUCCUUAAUUCAAAUAUCAACGACGAUUCCAGAGACCAUUAGUAUACUUAAACCUUGCGUCUUCGCAUUCGAUUCCCGCAACAACAGAACUGAAAUCGAAGAAGAGAAAAUGGAGACUUGCUGUUGCUCCACCAAUCUAUCAUUGCCUCUCUCUUUCUCCGUCGUCAAUCGUCCGGGGUCAUACUCAUCCCUUGGUAGAAACUUGUCUAAGAACUCUUUACGUCUUGAUGACAGACUUUUGCACCAUAAAUACCCAGCGUUCCGUUCUUCGACAACUCAUAGACGACCUGUCUUGGCAGAAGCUGGAAACCAGGGUUGGGAUUUUGGCAGAUUUUUGAAAACAAUUUACUAUUUCAAUGGACCUCCAUCCCCUGCAAAGUUUAUCGAAUUUAUAAUUGGGAAAUUGUCCAACUCGUCACCUAGAGAACCAUCAAAAUCAAUGGAAAAUUCUGGCAUAGUCCUUGUAGCUGGAGCAACUGGCGGGGUAGGUAGAAGAGUAGUUGACAUUUUACGGAAGAGAGGGAUUCCGGUCCGGGUAUUGGUGAGAAAUGAAGAGAAGGCAAGAAAAAUGCUGGGCACUGACAUCGACUUGAUAGUUGGAGAUAUUACAAAGGAGAGCACUUUGAUCCCCGAGAACUUCAAAGGAGUCAGGAAAGUGAUUAAUACCGUUUCUGUCAUUGUUGGUCCAAAGGAAGGGGACACUCCAGAAAGAGCAAAAUACAGCCAAGGAAUCAAAUUCUUUGAACCAGAGAUUAAAGGAGAUUCACCUGAGCUGGUCGAGUAUGUUGGGAUGAAAAAUUUGAUUAAUGCUGUAAAGUCUAGCGUUGGACUUCGAAGUGGGAAACUGCUUUUUGGAUCCCAAGGUAAUAGUUUUAGAGAACUUCCUUGGGGUGCGUUGGAUGAUGUUGUAAUGGGAGGAGUUAGUGAAAGUACAUUUCAAAUUGAUCCAACUGGAGGUGAAAAUGGUGGGCCAACUGGGCUUUUCAAAGGUGUUGUUUCCACUGCAAAUAAUGGUGGGUUUACUAGUAUCAGAACCAAGAAUUUUCCAGUUCCCGAGGAUCUUUCUGCAUAUGAUGGUUUGGAAUUGCACGUCAAAGGCGAUGGCCGUCGUUAUAAACUUAUUGUUCGCACUAGUAGUAAUUGGGAUACUGUCGGUUACACAAUAAGCUUUGACACUGUUGGAGAUCAAUGGCAAUCAGUACGCUUGCCAUUUUCUUCUUUGAGGCCAGUAUUUCGAGCUCGAACAGUAUCAGAUGCUCCGCCCUUUGACCCAAGUAAAAUUAUGUCAUUACAGCUAAUGUUCAGCAAGUUUGAGUACGAUGGAAAACUGAAUCCCUCUUUUGCGGAAGGUGCAUUUCGACUUCCUGUGUCAAGCAUUCAGGCUUAUAUAAAGGAUCCAGUCACUCCCAGGUUCGUACAUGUGAGUUCUGCAGGAGUAACUCGACCUGAUAGGCCUGGACUAGAUCUCAGUAAACAACCUCCUGCUGUGCGCUUGAACAAGGAAUUGGGUUUUAUUCUUACAUUUAAAUUAAAGGGGGAAGAUUUAAUUCGAGAAAGUGGAAUGCCAUAUACAAUUGUGAGGCCCUGUGCAUUAACUGAGGAGCCUGCAGGAGCAGAUCUCAUUUUUGAUCAAGGAGACAACAUAACUGGGAAGAUAUCUAGGGAAGAGAUUGCCCGUAUAUGUGUUGCUGCAUUGGAGAUCCCAUAUGCAUGUGACAAGACAUUUGAGGUUAAAAGUGUCGUUCCAUUUAGUGAGCCAUAUACAGUUGACCCCCAAAACCCACCACCAGAGAAGGAUUACAAUGUAUAUUUCAAAACUUUGAAGGAUGGUGUGACUGGAAAAGAAAUUUUAGAACAAAGCCCUGUUCCAGUAUGAUGCAUGCAAUUGCAUUUUGGCAGGUCGGCCGAGGAUUAACCAUCACACUACUAGUCCUCCCUUGCAAGUCAUUUUGGCUUCCGAUUCCAGAUUUUCUAACAAGGAUGCGUGACAGGACUGGAACCUCUAGCCAUCAGCUAGUUACACACUGCUUAUGAAGAGAGGCACAGUUUUUUUGAUAUAUGUUGGCACAGAAUAGAAGCAUAGAAAGGAAUGUAUGAAGUGACUAAUAUAGAACUAGUGUGUUGGAAGACUGAAGACUAGUUUUCAACUAGUCGAUCUGGUAUUGUACUUGUGAAAAUGCCCUUGAAUAUAUAUGAAUUAAUAUGUCAAUGAUUACAUUUCUCA